AUGAGUGCCAGCAUGCUGUCAUACAUACUCUUCUCUUGCCUGCUGCUCUCGGUGCAAGCAGAGCACUAUUGCGGGGGCCGGGAAAUUAUCCGCUACACAAAGCGGCUGCUUGUUGAUAGUUCCCUGAGUUGCCCCUGUAGGCAGACAGCUGGCAGCUCAUGUUCGUGUCUUCCCAUUCCUGAGCCUGGCCAUGAACUGCCAUGCUUUGUGGAAGGAACCAAACACAUGCUGAAAACCAACAUGUCUUCCAAACUAGUACUUGAAAGGCUUUACCAGACCUUCCAGGUUCAGCUGGACAGAAACCUCUGUGAAAGCCUGCCACGUGGGGAUCAAUGCCAGUACAAGACCAAGGGAACUGUGUCAGAAUUUCUGAAUACAAUCCUGACAACCUAUCAAGCAAUGAAUAAAUUCAGCCCUUAA